AUGUCUUCAAAAUACAGACGAGUCGGUGGUGGUCCGCGCACACACUGGCCUCUGUCUACUCAUCCAUCACUGCACAUCCGCACGAUACUGCGAGACUCACGAUUUCACUGUCACAGCACGCGGCGGCCUGGGGCCAGCCGGAGUCACGGCACGCACCAGCACAGACGUUUCAAUAGUACCGCGGCUACCGCUGCAGUGGAGUGGACGACGCGGGCAUCAGUCGGCGCGCGAGGUGUGCUGCGCGAAGUGCAGCGCAAUGCGGAGAGAGCUGUACGAGACGACGCGCGUGACUCGCCGCCGCCGACUGACGGGCGCGCCGCGACGAGCCUCGGCUCACCACCACACGCGCACCCGCGCACACUCGCACCGCGCCGACAAGCCGACACAGAGCCGCGCUACACCGACACGCCGCGCCGCCAACCCACCACACCAGAUCCAAACAUAUUUUAA